AUAAACUUGUCAAUUUUGGUGAAAAUAGAAUGAAAAACUGUGCUGUAAAAAUUAGUUGUGUUACACAACAAUAACAUGGAUUCGCAUGGCAAAAUGAACUUGUGGAAAGACUUUUGUUCUCAGACUGUAUACUCGUACAUAAUUUCUAAAUGCAUUAUCGCAAUGAAUAAUUUGUCAUUCAAAGACAGAGACCUUUUGACAUGACGGCCUUCCCGCCAAUGCGCGAAAUCAUCAGCGCUUCGGCUUGUACUGCGCAGCCUGUCCGGAAGCGAGCGAAAACGUGUGUUCACUGCUGUCACCGCAGUCGCCUUAUUUCCCAUACAAAGAUGCCAAGAAAAAAGAAGACUUGUAUUGGUAGUCGUCGGAAAGGCUACUCCAAGAGAGGUCCGAGACAACAAGGUGUUAGUUCAUCCUUUCUACUUGACCAUAGCUAUUCAUCAGUUAAAUCAACGGUGCUUGACGAUUACAGUUCAAGAGAUGUGCUGUGGGAUAAAGCAUGGAAAUCCUUCUUCACUGACAUCUGUGAUGAACCCAUUGACAUACCCUACGUGGGAGAAACAAUGGAUUCUGAUGGUUGCUCGGCCAAUGAAUUCUUUGUCAUUCUGGACAGAGUACACAAGUAUCAUCCUGAUAAUGACUUGGAUAAUUUUGUUGAUGCCAUACUGCAGUGCCGAAAGUACCAACUGUACUUAUCAUUGAAAGAGGAACUAUUCAAGCAUGCUGAUGAGCUUGGCGAAUUUACCAUUUUGAGAAACAAGCGAGAGGAAGUGAACUUGGUGCAGUGUUAUGAUGGUGAUGUUGCAGCGGUUCAGCUUUCAGUGGUCAUUAAGCCAUCUUAUGAAGCAACAGUUUAUGCUCAUCGACAUGAUAUUGGUCAUGAUCAUGAAUUGUGGAUUGGUUUGCCAAAAUACUUCUCAACUGUAAGAGAUGUUAAGCAACUUUUGUCAAAACUGUCUACUUACCAUGUUUGUUUGGGGAAUUACGAGGACAGGUUUGCUCACUUGAUACCAUUUAGUGCAGGCGUUUGUAAAGGAGCUACUUCAACUAUAUCUGCAUACCGAGAAGGAGACUUUGGUGCCAACAUAGAUGGAAUAGCGUAUAGUUCUACAAUCCGUUCAUUGAUGUGUCAGUUUCUGAUUUCACGGAGAGAGAGAUGUGGUCCUUGCUGCAGAUACAGAGCCACACUCCGAGCUAAUGCCAGAAGAGAGAGUCUCUCCUCAAAAACCCCUAACCUAACUUCAUUUACUCAUACUACCCACAAGAACAUGUCAAAGAUGGAAGUCAUCCAGAAGUAUGAACUGAUGAAAAGCAGCCGUAAUUCCAUUCUGUCUGAAAUGGAGCGUUUGAAGAAAACAAUCAGCCAGACAAUUUCACAGAAAGGUCCUACGCUAAGUGUUUCGAGAGACUCAGAAUUUCAGCAACUAUUGAAGGACAACCAAGAUGAAGUAGUGCACAAUUAUCCUGAUCUACCUUGACAUCUAUUCAGGGACAUUUUUAGGAGCAGCAAAUGAAAUACAACAAAAUAAAAGACCAAUCUCAUUAAAAUCAUAUCUUAGUUCUCGCUACCGCUAAGCAAAGAUCUGAGGACAUCCCAUUACAGGUCACGUCAGACC